UCUGUGGGCCUUGGGUUUUUCACAACUUUGGUGGCGCCCCCAACCAUGGCUCCAAAGGAAAUCAUCAAGAAAAUUGGCGAGGAUGGGUUUGACAUGGAAGAGUUCAAGGCCCAAGUAUACAAGGAAGGGUGCAAGAAAUUGCACAUUGUCGAUGUUUACACUGCUUGGUGCGGCCCAUGCUUGUCCAUAGUUCCAACCUUCAAGAACCUCCAGAUGAACAUCGACUACUUCGAGGACCGGUGCACGAUCACCCAAGCAGAGAGGACUUGUUUGCCCGAGUUCGAAGAACGAUUUCCGGAGACCAGCAAGCCACGCUUCCUGUUCUACAAGGAAGGAGAAGAGGUGAUGCAGAUUGAAGGGCUCAAGGCACCCGAAAUUCUCAAGUUCAUCGAAGAGAACCUGCCAGCGAUAGAGACAGAAGAGUAGAUUUCGAAGGUGGCAUGCUGAAAAGCAGCAAGGCCAUUGUGAGCGGGAAAGCAUGCACCUGACAUCGCAGCAGAUGCUGCGUUGCUGGCAAAGACUGUGUGUGUGCUCAAGGUGGUCCAGUUGGUUUGGGCAAAUACUCGAUGACUCUUGAAUACUCUUUAUGAGUAUCUGUUCAUUAAAGUGAUCGAAAGUGUAUAGAAGCGAAUCUUUGACAAUAGUUUGGCUCUCAAUAGUAUGAUUUCGAGACGGGUUUCACAUGGACAAUUUGCAUGUUUAUGUGGACUCCAAGUUAUUGACCCC